AUGAGCCUGCCUGUGCCUGCCAACAUAGUGUGGGAAGUUUCAGCUGCUGACGAAGUCCAGGUUGCUGGAGGUGGUCUUGCUGGAUGUGUGGUAGCCUCACGGCUGGCCGAAGCGGAUCCCAACCUGUCGAUUCUCGUGAUUGAGCAAGGGCCCAACAACUAUGGCAUGCCCGAAGUUGUGCAUCCGGCGCUGUACCCGCGGAACCUCUUUCCCAGCAGCAAGAUCACGCUGUUCUGGCCAACGAAGAAGUCUCCACAGCUGGCGGAUCGGACUCCCAUUGUGCCAUCUGGAGGCACGCUUGGCGGAGGGUCUGCCAUGAAUUGGAUGGUCUACACCCGCGCUCAGCGGUCUGACUUCGACUCCUGGAAGACACCCGGAUGGACCGCCGAUGAGAUGCUCCCCUUCCUGAAGAAGAUGGAGACGUACCAUGGCAAAGGCGACAAGGACCGCCACGGCUUCGACGGUCCCGUCAACAUUUCCAAGGGCACCUACGUAUGCAGCCGCGCGGAAGACGCCUUUGUGGAAGCUGCCGCGAAGCUCGGAUACCCCGAGGCCAAGGAUCUCCAGAACCUCGAUGCCAACAACGCCAUAGAGCGCUACUAUCGCUACGUUGGACUGAACGGACGACGCCAAGACGCUGCGCAUCGGUACCUGCACCCUAAGCUGCAAAGCGGGGACUAUCCGAAUCUGCAUGUGUUGGUUGAGAAGCAAGUCGUCAAGGUCCUAUUCGACGAGAACAAGCGAGCCGUCGGCGUCGAGUACCAGACCAAUCCCAAGUACCUGCCUAACCCCGAGUUUCUGUCCACGGCGUACACUGCCCGACGCACCGUGCGGGCUCGCAAACUGGUCGUCGUCUCGGCAGGAGCGAAUGCCACGCCCGGCAUCCUCGAGCGGUCAGGAUUGGGCGAUGCGAAAGUGCUGGAAAAGGCUGGAAUCCCAGUCCUCGAGGAUCUCCCGGGCGUGGGGAGCGACUACCAGGAUCACCACCUUUCACUGUGGGCGUAUCGAACCAAUCUGAUGCCGCGUGAAACCAUCAACGGAUAUCAAGACGGGCGUUUCAACAUUGACGAAUGCAUCAAAUCCACCGACGAGCUCCUGGGCACCAAUGCAAUGGACGCCCAAGGUAAGUUCCGGCCGACCGAGGCAGAAGUCGAGGCCCUGGGACCCGAGUUCAAAAAGGCAUGGGACCGAGACUUCAAGAACGCGCCGGACAGACCUCUUAUGAUUCUUGCGCUGUACUGCUGCUACUACGGCGACCAUUCCGUCCUUCCAGACGACGCCGAAUACGUCUCCAUGGCCAACUGGACGGCGUACCCUUACUCUCGGGGGAGCAUUCACGUGACGGGCCCCGCCAUGUCGGACCCGGUCGAGUUCGACACCGGCUGGCUCACCGACCCGGGCGACGUCGACAUCAAGAAACACAUCUGGGCGUACAAGGUGUCACGCGAGAUGUGGCGGCGCAUGCCCAUCUUCCGGGGCGAGCUGGCGUCGACGCACCCGCGCUUCCCGGCCGGGUCGAAAGCCGCGGUGAUUGAAAAGGCCGAUGGUCCCGUGGUGACCGACGACGCCUCGCGCAUCGAGUACUCGGCCGAGGACGACAAGGCGAUCGACCAGCGGAUCCGCGAGAUCUUGUCCACGACCUGGCACUCGCUGGGCACGUGCAAGAUGGCGCCACGCGAGAACAAGGGCGUGGUGGACGGGUCGUUGAACGUCUACGGCGUCCAGGGCCUGAAGCUCGCCGACCUGAGCAUCCCGCCGGAGAACGUUGGCGCCAACACGGGCAACACGGCGUUUGUGGUGGGCGAGAAGGCCGCCGACAUCAUCAUCAAGGAAUUGGGGCUCGAGGGGAAGAAUCAGUCCCAACCUCAAGCUAGAUUGUAG